CAUUGCCUCGCGCUUUGCGCUUAAUUCAGCUUCGGUGCUCUUUCCCCGGAGUAGCCGCGGCCAUCUUGGUCUCUAAUUUUUCUCCCUCUCAUCUGUAGCACUGGACAGUUUUAGUUGUUGGAUCGAAAAUGAAGACAACGAAUUUGCCGAAACCGUAACUGUCGAGAUUCCUGAGCAAGCUAGGACGAUAGCAAUCACCACUACCACCACCAAUAUCCCACUCUACGCCACGACACCACCCCCAAUUCACAACUGAUCAACGCAAGGUAAACAACACCACCGUUCAUUUCUGGCUCAGCCAGCCAGUCAUGUCCCACGACCUCAGCCUCUCAAUAUCGCCAAGAUGAGAUUAUUCGCGCCGUAUUCCCGCGACGCCAUGCGCCGGGCUGCGAGAUCCUUUCACCACAGCGUGACUGUCGGCCGCAUUAGAACUCACGGCCUCCUGGUUCACCGGAGGCCUACGCUGUCCCGCCAGUCGCGGCACGGCUUCUUCACGGCGAGGGAGAAGGUCCCGCCCAAGAAGACGUCGAUCCCGGUCGCCAUCUUUGCCGUCGGCCUGGUGGUUUGGGCGCUCUAUCCGUCUGAUGAGUUUGAGCGGUUAUCCCUGGCUGAGAAUGAGAGGAGGAAGGGAGUCCGCAGCAAUGCGACAAGCACAAAGUCUGACCAGACUGCGUGGUACAACUUUGCCCUCAAGUUUGAGACCUUGUCCGACUCUGCCGACGUCGAAUGGACUGCAGACAAGAUUGUUGGAUUCAUCCUACCAGAAUGGUCCAGGUUGGUCCCCGGAUACAUCCGGAAGCUCCAGAGAGAGCUGUCAAUGGCCCCCGGAUCUCUAGCAGAUGAGAUUUGGCGAGAAGCCCAUGACCCCUUUAUUAACCCCGAAGUACAGUACUCCGCCAAGGUCAGGGUUUCCAAUGAUCUAUGUGAUGAGGAAAAGGAAUUCCUGGCAAGGCGGAAACGAGUCACUACCAUGGCAUUAGCCAAGUAUCUCGACAUCGACGAGAGGGAUGUUCAUCCGGACGAUGUCCCUACCAUUGCCAUGUGCGGCUCCGGAGGUGGCCUGAGGGCCCUUGUCGCCGGCACCGGUUCCAUGCUCGCCGCAGACGAAGAUGGGCUGUUCGACUGUGUCACGUACACUUCUGGUGUAAGCGGUUCAUGUUGGCUACAGGCCCUCUACCACUCUUCCAUCUCAGAGGGCAGUCUUCCCAAGGUUCUACAGCACCUAAAGGCCCGCGCCGGCAUCCACAUCGCCUAUCCGCCCGUGGCAUUCCAGACCCUUCUCUCUGCCCCGACGAGCAAGUAUCUCCUUAGCGGUCUUGUCGAGAAGCUCAAGGGUGACCCCCGCGCGGAUUUUGGGCUGGUCGACGUCUACGGCCUUCUGUUGGCGACGAGAUUUUUGGUUCCCAAAGGCGAGCUGGAAGUGAGCGAUCGCGAUUUCAAGCUGUCCAAUCAACGAGAGUACAUCAAAUAUGGCCAGAACCCGCUACCCAUUUACACAGCCGUCCGACACGAGAUCCCCGAUGUUGACAUUGACGGAAGCGGGACAGUGCCGUCCACCUCGGACGCGGCGAAAGAGGUCGCCAAGAAGGAAGCCUGGUUCCAGUGGUUUGAGAUCACGCCAUACGAGUUCUUCUGUGAGGAGUUCUCCGCCGGCAUCCCGACCUGGGCCAUGGGCCGACGCUUCAAGAACGGCGUCGACGUGCCUCCCGAGGAAGGAUUCCAUCUCCCAGAGACCCGCAUGCCGUUCCUCCUCGGCGUCUUUGGGAGCGCUUUCUGCGCGACCCUGAGCCACUAUUACAACGAAAUCAAACCCCUUGUGCAGAGCCUCGCCGGGUUCGGCGCCCUGGACGGCAUGAUCUCAGGCUACAACGAGGACCUCAGCAAGGUUCACCCAAUCGACCCCGGAACCGUCGCAAACUUUGCCUACGGUAUGGAAGACAAGCUGCCCAAGACGGCCCCGAAAAGCACCUACAACACCGAAUACAUUCAGCUCAUGGACGCCGGCAUGUCCAACAACCUUCCUAUCUACCCGCUCCUCCGCCCCGGCCGCGACGUCGACGUCGUCGUCGCCUUUGACGCCUCCGCAGACAUCAAGACGGACAACUGGCUCGCCGUCGCCGACGGCUACGCCCGCCAGCGCGGCAUUAAGGGCUGGCCCGUCGGCGUCGGUUGGCCCAAGGCGAGCGAGUCUCCGAAAGAGGUGCGCGAGGAGCUCUCGGAAGCUCAGGCCGCGUCCGCACAGGAGGCGAACCAGAAGCUCCGCGAGGCCAAGGCGCACCAGCGCGAGCACCAGGCCGAGGAGGGCCACCGAAAGCCGGACGAGGACACGAAGAGCGGGCAGGCGGCCAAGUUCACGCCCGGCGACGAGGAGUCGGGCGAGCUGGGGUACUGUACCGUCUGGGUCGGCACGACGCAGGAGCGGUCGUCGUCCGAUACCCCGCCGCCGUCCAAGGCGAUUACCGAGUCCAACUCGUGGCAGCUCAUGGAGCCCGACGCGGGCAUCGCCAUCAUCUACCUGCCGUACCUCGCCAACCCCAAGGCGCCCGGCAUCAACCCCGGCACGACGGAUUACCUGAGCACGUGGAACUUUGUCUACACCCCUGACCAGAUUGAAAAGGUGGCUGCGCUGGCGAGGGCUAACUAUGCCGAGGGACGGGAGCAGAUUCGUGGGACGGUACGGGCCGUCUACGAGCGCAAGAAGAAGCUUAGACUGGAGAGGGAGGCGGGGAUCAAGAAGGAUCGGUACCGGAGCUUGGUCAGGCGGGGGAUGGCGCACAAGCUGGGCGAGGGCGAUCAGUUUAGUUGAAGAGGCGGAUUAUAGAGUUGCUGGAAUGAAGAUACCCGAGAAGGUGGAGGAGGAUUCUCUGAAGGAUGGCGUAGGUUUAUCAUUGGAAGUAGAUCCAUUGUAAUGAAAAGUGUGUUUGUUACUUUGAAGUAUUUUGCAACCGAUUGAAAGUGUCAAAUAGGGGUUGAUAAAGAGAGGUCAAGUUCAGUAAAUGGCCCCGUUUCGAGGAGUGUGUCAUUGUUUUUACAAAUCUAUUCAUCUUACAGAGACAUGCUUGACCUUCUACAUGUCCUUGCUUCAAAAUGUACACUGCCUAACAAAAAGGCAUCUUGAUAAAGUCCGGGAUCACCUGUUUCCCGGCCCUUUGACAACGUUCUCCGUCACUUCUCCUCCCUUAUCGCCCCUCUCUCCUCUCUUUCUCCGAUGGAUGAAUUACAGUCGAUGCAUUUUGCUUUUCGUUUUUUUUUUCUUUUGCUUCUUCCCCAUUUUGCCCCCAACAUAUCUUCUUUAGAUAAUCUCUCCCAUGUCAAUGUGCGCAGGCUGCCACGGCUUCGCGCCCUCGACAAGCAUAUCACUCGGCACCCGCACCUUGGCGCCGGGGCUGUAGAGGUACCACGCCUUGAGAACGUUCAUCGACGCCUGCAGACGCGCAAAGUCCAAGCUGGCGCCCGUGCCCUCGCCGAGCUUGUCGCGCCCGCUGUAGAUGCCGACGACGUAGACGGGCGUCCUGCUCAGGCGGCCCGUCUCGCUCUCGAGCCGCGCGACGGGGGCCUCGAACCCUUCGCGGGCGCAGAGCAUCGCCAGCUCGCGCGUGGGCAGCCUGAAGCUGAAGAGCUUCUCGAGCUCGACGCGGCGGCUGAGGAUGUGGGCGUCGAUGAAGGCGCGCACGGCGUCGCGGCCGGCGUGGGCGUACACGGCGCCCGUGACGGCGCGGACGUGGGCGGCGUAGGCGUCGUUGCGGAGCUUCUCGCGCUGCUCCUUCAGCAGGGCGGGAUCAUUGGGUUCGGGCUGGGGCUCGAGCGGGUUCCGUCUGGGCUUGUGCAGGACGUCGCCGAACUCGUCGUCGAGGAUGACUCGGGACGAGACGGAACGGCGCCACUUGAACUUGUCGAGCUCCAGGUGCUCCUUGCGGACGUAGCCCCAGCGGCCGUGGACGAGGCCGUGGGACUCGGGGUCCUGGGAGAAUUGCAGCAGGCCCGGGUCGACUUCGCCUCCCGGGGCGGCGGCGCUCUCGACGCCCCACUGGCUGGCUACGCGGUAGAGCGAGUCGGGACCGGCGUAGGCGCGCAUGGCUUCGUAGAGGAUGGCCAUGGGGAGGCGGGGAUAGUGGGUGAUGAGCCACUCUGAGACGUGGUAGCUGAUGAGGGAGCCGCCGACGACGGCGAGGUUGGCAUUGUUGAAGUUGGGGUUUGAGUCGGCAGAGGGGUCGACGAGGGUGCGCGCGAGGGACUGGAGGGGCAGUUUCUCGGGGAGGGAGAGGCGGGCGUGGAGAGCGGCGAGCUUGGCCGACUGGAGGGCCUUUUCGGGGGCGGGUGACGGGAGGUUUCUCGACUUCGACUUGAGGGGUUGGGCGGUGGUGGUGGUGAUGUUGGCUGAGGCGUCGGAUGAUGCUUCUUCUGCUACUGCUGCCAAGGACGGGGAGGAGGUCGAUAGUGUCCGCGCCGGGUUGAUGUUGUGAAGCUGUGUUCUAAAGGAGAUGGGCGUCAGGCACGGCGAGGCGUGUGUCCUGGCUUGGGCGUUGAGCAGUUGCCCGGUGCAUCUUGAUAUCCUUAACCUCUUCAUCUGGGACGCCAUUCGGUGGUCGAGGUUGGGUUGUUGCUGAGCUGUUCGAAAGCCCAGUAACAACGUAACGAAUAGAAAAAAGGCAACGAAAGAAUAGGUGUUGUACAACGCGGUCGAGAGCAAUUGGGUGGAUGCGGUAUUCGCUGGGGGUUGAAUCGCAAAGGGGGCAAGGGAAAAAAGUUCCACGUCCCGAAUUCUCUCGAACAGCGCCGGUCUCCCGUCACGAAAAAGUUUC